CCCUGCCGCACAGUGUUGUCAGCUUAUGUCAUGUUAUCUUGAACCUAUUCUACAACAAUAUGGCGCAGUUUAAAUACAGAGCUAGACAACCUUUGAGUGCUGAACGAUGCAGAGACAUGUGCACAACGCCCUAAGUGAUAUAAAUGAAAAAUAAUUAAUUCACAUUGCACCGACAUAUACUGCCUUCUCGGAUUCGUCUAACUACCUCUGCAGAAACUACGCUUGGCUUCACUCUGUUAUUAUUACCGGCAUUUCAAUAACAACAUCUACCAAGGCUGACAGUGAGCUCCUAACCCUGGGGAGAGGACAGAGACGAAAUGGGCUGCCUGUGGAUGUUCUGGGCUUUCUUCUGCUUAGCAGUCAGACCUGUGCUGUGUGUUCCACCAGUUGGGUUACAGCCAGAGCAAGUGCAUGUGUCCUAUACAGGAGUCCCGCAGUCCAUGAUCAUCACCUGGACAACCUUCAAUAAGACUGAGUCGUGGGUGGAGUAUGGAGUGUGGGGAGGGAAGCUGUUUCAGCUGACGGCUCAAGGAAGUUUCACGUUGUUUAAGGAUGGAGGAGAUGAAGGGAGGAAGCUGUACAUGCACCGAGUUACCCUAACCCACCUCAAACCUGGCACGGCCUAUGUUUAUCACUGUGGCAGCAGUGAUGGCUGGAGUGACAUCCUGUUCUUCACGGCUAUUAAAGAAGGCAGUGACUGGAGCCCCAACUUUGCUCUCUUCGGUGACUUGGGCAACGACAACCCCCAGUCUUUGGCCAGACUUCAGAAGGAAACGCAGCUGGGAAUGUAUGAUGUCAUCUUACACAUCGGGGAUUUUGCCUACGACAUGGAUGAGGACAAUGCUCGAAUUGGCGACGAGUUCAUGAGACAGAUUCAGUCUAUCGCAGCGUAUGUUCCCUACAUGACAUGCCCUGGAAACCACGAGAACGCAUACAAUUUCUCCAACUACAGGAACCGCUUCAGCAUGCCAGGUGACACUGAGAGCCUUUGGUACAGUUGGAACAUCGGGCCUGCUCACAUCAUCUCUCUUUCCACUGAAGUGUAUUUCUACCUUGAGUACGGACUGGAUCUAAUCUUCAAGCAGUAUUCUUGGCUUGAAAAAGACCUAGCGGAAGCCAACAAGCCAGAGAACCGGAAAGUACGUCCCUGGAUUAUCACCAUGGCGCACAGACCCAUGUACUGUUCCAAUGAUGAUAAAGACGAUUGCACCAAGUUUGAGAGUUAUGUCCGAGUGGGACGCAAUGAUACAACGCCUGUGGCCCCGGGUCUGGAAAAACUCUUGUAUGAUUAUGGGGUUGAUCUGGAGCUGUGGGCACACGAGCACACCUAUGAAAGGCUCUGGCCUGUCUACGGAUUUCAGGUCUUUAAUGGCAGCAUGGAGCACCCUUAUGUCAAUCCCAGGGCUCCAGUUCACAUCAUCACAGGAUCAGCCGGGUGUCGAGAGAAACACGACGGGUUCAUUCCUGUACCCAGGGACUGGAGUGCUUUCCGCAGCACUGAUUACGGGUACACCCGCAUGCAGAUCCUGAACAGCACUCACCUCUACCUGGAACAGGUGUCUGACGACCAGAAUGGCAGAGUGAUUGACAACAUGUGGCUUGUGAAAGAACAACACGGCACUGCUGCCUGGAAAUGAAUUACCAGCGAUAAGAAACCAUUUAUCCCUAAUUUCCUGAUCACUUUGCAUUUUAACUGCUGUUGAUUUUUAAAAACUAGAAACUUGACAGGGAUUUAAAUGACCUAAUAAUUUUAAGAAUUAAAUAUAUCGAUAGAGAAGAAUUGUAGAACUAUGUAAUUUGUUUAUUUUAUGUAAAUUGCAGUCACUGAGUUUUUGCAAUGUGAUUGUAAAUUCUGUCAUUUUAAGAAUUUACUUUGCAGAAAUACAUACAUACAUUAGAUCCAAUUAUGUCUUGAUUUAUAGACAUCAACAUGUUUUGGUCAGAUGACAAUAGAAAGAACACAAUUAAUUUUGCGCUGCAGUAAAUAAAUCCAGUCUUUCAUUUUUAAAUUAUGAAUGUGUUAUUAUUAAUAGUUAUUUUAACUGCUUCAGAAAUGGCGUCAAUGAAUUGAAGGCAAAAAAAAAAAAAAAAUCUGUCUCUUCACUCUGGAAAUCUGGUAACCCUAUUCAUCUGUUUAGUUCUACUAGGUAAUUAAUUGCUGAAGUGCUGUGAUUCAGGUAUCUAUUAUUAGCUUGUGUUUUAAUUGUGUUAAACCUGUGUUUGAAUUGUUGUAUGGUUUUGUAUCCCUGUCACUAUUCAAUCAGACUUCUAGACUUGUCUCAAACACACUUUAUUGCAUGUAAGUUUGACUGAAUAUAACCAUAGAAAAUGUAAUUAACAUCGGCCCUAAAAUACUGGGGUGAAUCCACUGAAAUAAUAAAGAAGUAUGUCAAUCAUUA